AUGUCUUUUCGCUUCUCUGUGUUCGCUGUUUUGUGGCUGGACUGCGACUGUGGCAUUGGAACAGGAAGAUUAUUAAUAACCACAGAGAAGUGUCAUGUGUUUAAUUGUGGUUUCUUUUUGUUUGCAGCCUACUAUAAUAACAGCACAAAAGUGGCGGUAAAAACGCUGAAGCCGGGCACAAUGUCAGUGGAGGCUUUCUUAGAGGAGGCCAACCUGAUGAAAACCUUACAGCACGAAAGACUCGUGCGCCUCUAUGCUGUCGUCACCAAAACUGAGCCCAUCUACAUCAUCACUGAGUUCAUGGCAAAUGGAAGCUUAUUGGAUUUCUUGAAAAGUGCGUCUGGCUGCAAAGUACAGUUACCGAAGCUAAUAGAUUUUUCUGCACAGAUAGCUGAAGGUAUGGCCUACAUUGAGAAGAAGAAUUAUAUCCACCGAGACCUGAGAGCAGCUAAUGUGCUGGUUUCAGACAGCCUGUUGUGCAAAAUAGCUGAUUUUGGCCUGGCCAGAGUAAUUGAGGAUGACCAAUACACAGCCAGAGAAGGAGCAAAAUUUCCUAUCAAAUGGACGGCACCCGAGGCCAUCAACUACGGUUCUUUCACCAUCAAAUCAGAUAUGUGGUCCUUUGGGGUUCUCCUGUAUGAGAUUAUAACAUACGGGAAAAUUCCGUAUCCAGGUAUGAGUAACAGUGAAGUCAUGAGCUCUGUUCAGAGAGGUUACCGGAUGCCCCGUCCUGAAAACUGUCCCACUGAACUUUAUGAGAUCAUGACCACGUGCUGGAAGAGUAAACCAGACGACCGGCCCACGUUUGACUAUAUUCAGAGUGUACUAGAUGACUUCUACACAGCCACUGAGGGCCAGUACCAGCAGCAGCCAUGAGGAUGCAAAAUCAUAUUUUUGUACUGUUUCAGGAUGAUCAAAAGAUCUGUGAUUUAUCUAUGAAUCGAUGUACUAAUGUGUAACUAAUAAUGGGAUCAAUCUGCUUACUUAUGUGUAAGCAAGGUUCAGAUUUUCUAUUUCUGCUUCAAAUUGAAGUCUUAACAGCCUGUUUACUACUUUUGCUGUUCACAUUCAAAUUUCAAUGGCUGCAUUUCAAUUUGUAAAUAAUUUUAUGUUUCAAAGUACCCUACCAAAGUUUAAUUGUUAUUUUUACACAUUUUACACAGGGCUUUGCAAACUGGAGUCUGGGGGCUGCUAUAAGGUCUGCAAAUAAAUUCAGAGCAAAUAAAAUAUUUUACUUUUA